UGGCUCCUCGGGGUCCUCGGGUCCACUGAGGCGUUCGGGGCCCUUCCGUGGACCCUGCGAUUUUCUUCAGAACCCUGGGGCGUCCGGCUAGGUUCGUGACACUUGGCAGACAUUAGCAUCAUGAGCUUUGUGGAGUAUGAAGAGCUGAUCAAGGAAGGCGACACGGCCAUCCUGUCACUUGGUCAUGGUGCAAUGGUGGCGGUGCGUGUGCAGCGCGGAGCACAGACUCAGACCCGGCAUGGUGUCCUGCGGCACUCGGUGGACCUCAUUGGACGUCCGUUCGGCUCCAAGGUGACCUGCAACCGAGGUGGCUGGGUGUAUGUGCUGCACCCCACUCCUGAGCUCUGGACGCUGAACCUGCCACACCGCACACAGAUCCUGUACUCCACCGACAUUGCUCUGCUCACCAUGAUGCUGGAGCUGCGGCCAGGCUCUGUGGUCUGCGAGUCGGGCACCGGCAGUGGUUCCGUGUCCCACGCCAUCAUCCGCAGCAUUGCCCCCACGGGCCAUCUGCACACAGUAGAGUUCCACCAGCAGCGGGCGGACAAGGCCCGGGAGGAGUUCCAGCAGCACCGUGUGGGCCGCUGGGUGACGGUGCGCACCCAGGAUGUGUGCCGCAGCGGCUUCGGAGUGAGCCAUGUGGCUGAUGCUGUCUUCCUGGACAUUCCAUCACCCUGGGAGGCUGUGGGGCAUGCCUGGGAUGCCCUUAAGGUUGAAGGUGGGCGCUUCUGCUCCUUCUCACCGUGCAUCGAGCAGGUUCAGCGCACAUGCCAGGCGCUGGCAGCCCAUGGCUUCACUGAGCUGAGCACCUUAGAGGUGUUACCGCAGGUCUACAACGUGCGCACUGUCAGCCUGCCCCUGCCUGACCUGGGAGACAGUGCAGGCACUCCCACAGUCCCGGAUGCCAGCCCCUUCCGGAGCGGCACACCCAUGAAGGAGACUGUGGGCCACACAGGCUACCUGACCUUCGCCACUAAGACCCCGGGUUAGCAGCCUGGAAAUGCUGGGGGCACCGUGCGCAGGCAGGGAGGCCAGGCCACCUUAUAUGGUCUGGGUACUCUGGGCCUGAGGUUGAAAAUGGAUGUGGGUGGGGCUUGGGCUUCCUGGGUGGCCCUGAGGAAGAGAGCUAGCUGCUCCUGUCCUGAGGGUAGGAGCCUCCUGUCCGCAUCCCUGCCAAGCUCUGGCUCUGUGCCACUGCCCUGGAGUCUCCUGGUGC